AUGGCUGCUCCACGACCAUUGACCACAGGUAUCUACGUCGCCAGUCUGACUUUCUUCACUGGCCAAGACGAAGUCCUAGACCUGGCAACUCACCGGCGACAUAUUCUACAUAUGGUGGAGGCCGGAGUCAAGGGAAUUGUCUUGAUGGGAUCCAACGGCGAGGCGCCGCACAUCAGUUGUGAAGAGCGAAAGACGGUCAUCCACACCACUCGGGCAAUCUUGAACGAAAACGGAUACAAAAGUAUGCCCAUCAUAGCAGGCUGCUCUGACCAGUCGGUGAAAGGAGCCGUCCAACUCUGUCGCGAUGCUGCAUUGGCGGGUGCCGAUUACGCCCUGGUUCUCCCACCAAGCUACUUCCGGCCGGCCAUAUCUGCGGAUGUGAUCGUGGGUUUCUACCACGACGUGGCUGAGAAAGCCCCACUGCCCAUCAUCCUCUACAGUUUUCCCAGUGUUGUGGCAGGCAUCGAACUCUCGUCAGACGUGCUGAUUGCAGCCUCAGAACACAAGAACGUGGUCGGCACCAAAUUCACGUGUGCCGACACUGGCAAACUCAACAGGGUGUCGACCGCCAUGAAAGGUUGCAAACCCAGCUAUGUUACAUUGGGAGGUCUCGCAGACUUCAUCUUACCUGGCCUUGUCGCCGGCGCGUCGGGUAUGAUCGUGGGUGGCGCCAACGUUGCACCGAGGUCUUGCGUGCGCGUCUGUGAUCUCUGGGCCCGAGGGCAAGUCUCAGAUGCUUACGAAGCACAAUGUAUCUUGUCGACCGGAGAUUGGGCCCAUACGCGCAUGGGGGUGGGAGGGACCAAAGCCGUGCUGCAGGAAACCUUUGGGUACGGAGGAGCUCCUCGUCGGCCCUUGAGGCUGCCUGGCCCAGGAGAAGCGGCAACCAAGAACAUGUUUGAAGAUAUUGAACCGCUGAUGCAGUUGGAGUCUGAGCUGGCAGCAGCUGCUGCAAGAAAAAAUCCAUAA